CGACCCGUGAAGCGGCGCCGCAUGGCGACGGCCAACGAAUUCUUCGCGCGGUCGCUCGUGGCAUAUGGGCCCAGCUGGAUGCAGACGAUCACGAGCAUGCAUGUGCUCGUCGUCGGACUCCGGGGCGUCGGCGUCGAGCUCGUCAAGAACCUCGUGCUACAUGGCAUCCGCGACCUUACGCUCUACGACGACGCGCUCGUCAUGGACGACGACCUACCGACGAGCACGUGGUAUGGGCCCAGCCACGUCGGGCAGAAGAAGUCGGUGGUCAUCAAGGAGGCGGCGAGCGCCAAGAGCCCCUGUGCGACGCUACGGACGCUCUCGGGCGUCUUGACGCCGGACCUCCUCGUCCACUACCAUGUACUUGGAGAUGCACGAGAGGGGACCUCUGCCCACGCCCUUCCGUUCUAGCUCGUCCUCUUCACUAGCGGCGGCCUCUCGCGCGAGGAAAUCGUCGGUCUCAACGAGUUUUGCCGGG